AUGAUAUCUAAAUCAAACAAUAUCGAACUUUGCGACAUUAACGAUCGUUCUUACUUGCAUCCCGGAAGCGUGUUUGCAGCCAUUGUUAAUACUGAGUCUGAUGAUAUUUUCUCUUCCUUUGGCACUUCAAGGGGUUCUCCUCAAUCUCAAUAUGAUCGAUCAAGUACUGACAAACUCUCUGUACAACAAGCAUCUCAUGAAGUUUGAGAUACAUCUCAGCCAAAAGCUUUUGGUAGCUACUUGAGAAAAACUGGAAAUGGUGAAGAGGUUGAAGGUACUUUUGGAGACAAUCUCAAAUAUUAUCCAGUGGUUCCUACUCAGAAAAUCUCUAUCAAGAGCAUGACUAGUUCCAACAGAAGAGAUGUCGCUUAUAAAUCAGCUAUCAGACUUCUCAGGAAGUUUUAUAGAGAUAUCUUUAAAACUCAAAACCCUGACAUUAUCCAGAAGACCUACCAAAAGUCAACUCUCGAGCAUGUUUAUGAGAGAGUUCAUGCCAUGAUGGCUGAAUUGAUUCCUCCAGAGAGCUUUACCAGAGACCUCGUUUAUUACACCAUUGGGAUGGUAGGGAUCAAGAAAGCGUCUGAAUUACCAUGUUGUUGGGCCAUCAAAACCCAGAUUACUACAUUCCAAAGAUGCACAAGACAGUUCUCCAGAACCAGAUUUGACAAUGCUCUAGAGUCAGAGAACCUGAAAACUCUAGCUAGGUGUCUAGUCCAGGAGCUUGAUGAUCCUAGAGUAAAUAUCUUCAUUGAAGAGUUAAGUUAAGCACCAACUUGGUACAUUAAGAGACAAGGAUGAGUUUCGUUCCAUUACCUGGAAGAUUUCUACCUAGAGCGAAGUAUUUCAGCUUUCUGAGUAUACAGGAACUUGUGCUCGAGCUCUCAAAGCCAGUUCAUUAAGUUUUAUUAAAACUU